AUGGAAUCUAUUGUUGGCUCCGAAAUCUUGCAACCUGGCAUUGUUGGCAAACGUGGUUGUACUCUUACAUCCAACAGGUAUCAUGGUUCAACGUUAACAGCAGCUAGUCUUACUGGAUUGCUGCCUUCAUUGCCUGAACCUGUCAUGGGAGCUGGUGGUGUGAUUCUUCCACCUGCAACUUAUUUUGAAAAGGUCCAAGCUGUGCUAAAGAAGUAUGGUAUACUUUUUAUUGCUGAAGGGCCUUAUGUACUGAACACUUUAGGCACUAUCUCAUCGGCAUACCUUCCUAUUGGAGCUGUUAUCAUUAGCCCUGAGAUCUUUGAUGUGGUAUUACUCCCAAAGCAACGAGCUAGGGAAAGGAAUAUUGUUGAGCAAGUAAACCGCAUCUCCCCAAGACUUCUAGAUGGCAUAAAAGCUUCCUCUGAUAGCCUUAUCAUUGGAGAGAUAAGGAGAAUACGAGGGACUGAUUUGAUAGCUGGCAUAGAGGUUGUAGACAAUAAAUCACCAAAUGAUCCAUUCCCUCCUGAAUGGGGAGUUGGUAAAUGUUUUGGAGCUGAAUGUCGAGAAAAUGGUUUGAUAACAAGAACUGGAGGGGAUACUAUAACGUUGUCUCCAUCAUUUACGAUCUCUCCUCAAGAAGUUGAUGGGUUAACGAGCAAAUAUGGAAAAGCACUGAAAGCCACUGAAGAGAGAGUGAAGGAAUUGAAGAAUCAGAAAAAGUAG